GUUGGUGACACAGAGCCUCUCCUGGCUGACACUGAGGAUUACGCACACACACUCACACAUAUUGUACACACACUGCAAAAUACAGUAUACAUACAAUACUAGCUGUAUCUGAGAGUGUAAACACAGAGCAGCACAGAUUAACAUAAACUACCGCUCUAUAUACACACAUUCAAACACAAGACAAUCACACAUGCUGGAUUUAUUGUAACACAGUCAGACACAAGCUAAUUCUGUAUCUCUUUAACGCUUUCAGUCACACACAUGGUCUUCAGCAGCGUCCAGAGGUCAUGACACCAACUUGCAAGAUACACAAAGCAGCUGAUAGACAUCUAAGUCUUGUGACAUGGAGGACCACACUGGAACGGUUGAGGAGCAUGCUGAAGCAGCUAGAGGAGAAAGAUGUCGACUUUGAAGAAAUCAAAAAGAAUCUGGAUUACACUGCGUCGUUACUGGAGGCAGUUUACCUCGAUGGAACAAGGCAGUGUCUGGAGUCCGAGGACGACCUUCAGCAGCUGCAGUCAGACGGCGUGCCUUCAGAGGUCACUGAUUGGCUGGCGUCCACCUUUACCCAGAGGGUUCGAAAGCCUGUACGACGCUCAGAUGAGAAGCCCAAGUUUCGCAGCAUUGUGCAUGCAGUGCAGGCUGGGAUAUUUGUGGAGAGGAUGUUCAAGAGGGCCUACACGGCAGCCAUGCCAGACCAACCUGCGGUGGUCGUAAACUGCCUCAGGGAUGUUGACCGCUGGAGCUUUGACGUGUUUGCUCUGAACUCGGCCAGCUCCGAUCAUGCGUUACAAACUCUGUUUUUUGAGCUGAUCACCAGAUAUGGGCUCAACAGCCGUUUUAAGAUCCCCAUCUCAUGCCUGACAGAGUUCAUGUCUGCACUGGAGAGAGGAUACUGCAAAUACAACAACCCCUACCACAGCCACGUUCAUGCUGCUGAUGUGACUCAGACACUGCACUGCCUGCUGUUGCGCUCUGGACUCGUGCACUGGCUGACAGAGCUUGAGGUGAUGGCGUCACUAUUUGCUGCAGCCAUCCAUGACUAUGAGCACACGGGAACCACAAACAACUUUCACAUCCACACAAAGUCAGAGUUUGCUUUGAUCUACAAUGAUCGGUCGGUACAGGAAAGCCAUCACCUCAGUGCAGCAUUUCGUCUGCUGCAGCACGACCAAAUGAACAUCUUCAUUAAUUUGACAAGAGAAGAAUGGAUGGAGCUGCGAUCACUUGUUAUAGAGAUGGUUUUGUCCACGGACAUGUCCUCCCACCUACUCCAAGUCAAAGCGAUGAAGGCCUGUCUACAACAACAAGAACGGAUUGACAAGCCCAAAGCACUGUCUCUAUUACUCCACACUGCUGACAUAAGCCAUCCAUCCAAGCCCUGGGCUCUACACUCUCGCUGGACCAAAGCCCUGAUGGAGGAGUUUUUCAGGCAGGGUGAUAGAGAGGCAGAGCUCGGCCUUCCCUCCUCUCCUCUGUGUGAUCGAAAAAGCACCCUGGUAGCCGAGUCCCAGAUUGGUUUCAUAGACUUCAUUGUGUAUCCUACAUUCUCUCUGCUGACGGACAUGGCUGAAAAGAUUGUUAUUCCUUUGGUGGAGGAGAACCCAGGUCCGCCAGACCCCUGCAACAGACACAGUAAUCUGUGGAGGGAAAGCUCCAGAGGUUUGCAGUGGAGUCUCGCCCAUAUCACAGCUGAGCUGGUGAGCUUUCGCUCCACUUGGACACGACACACCGAAGACAACAAGCUCAAAUGGAAGGAAAGUGGCUCUAAUGGAUUUUCAGACCCCAGCGUGACAAGAGAGCAGAGAUCCAGACAAAAGGAGCUGUCAGAAGAAUCCCUGCAAGACCCCACUACAGAUACAAAACAGUAGACAGGACUUCAUUUAUGAUAUGUGCUUUUUUCAUAGACUAUCUACAAAGGUUACCUGAAGUUAAUGUUGAGUCACUGUUUGUAACAAAACCACAAUGCCUUCUUAUACCAUGAUUGAGAGAGCCAGAGGAGGAGGGGUGGAAAAAGAGGGAGGGGUGGUUUGAGAUUAUUAUCAUCUUCCCAAGGUAAGAUGCAGUAUAUUCACAGAAAUGUCUUCAUGUCUUAUUUCAAAUGUAGUGUACUAUGGUAAUUUAAAUGCAAAGUGUACAUGCUGGUCAUGUCAUACAGUAUAGUGCAUGUUAAUUUAAUUUGCCACCUAAACACUUGUAAGGAACAUUUUAUCUUUAAUAGUUUGAACUGUACACAAACCAUUUAACCAUGCAAUAAAUGUUGAAAAUAUG